CUUGACAACCUCUUUCAGCCAGGACAAAACACCAUGCCUGCGCAAGCGGUGGUGACCUUGCGCUAUGGGCCCUACAGCGCAGUGGGCCUGUCCGUGGAGCACCGCACCUACCGACUGCAGGGUCUGCAAGCUGUGUUGGCCAAAGACGGACAUCAGAUCAUCCUGGAGCAGAUAGAAGACUGGAAUCUGGUGGAGCUUGUGGUAAAUGAGGAGACGGUCUUUCAAUGUGAUAUCCAAGACCUGGAGUUUGGGGGUGAUGGCAAACUAGACCCACUGUGUGAAGAGGCCAGGAUCGCUGUGCUAAAUGCCUUCUGAUCUCGUGGAGCAGACAGAAGAACACCAGCUAUGUCCUCCAGUCUACAGUACCUGCAAAAGGGGCUUAGUAGCCACAUGGACGGUAGGCUCUACCAGUCAGGACAUGGCGAUGCCACCUGUCCACUAGUCUGUCCAGUCUGGAAUUCUCAUCUGGCUGCAUAGGCACCCACAAAGAUAAUAAAAACUCCUCCCUGGCAGCGUCUGUCAGUCUUAGCCCAUAGGGAGAGCCCUCCAAUAUCAGGUGCCCUGGAUCUGAAGGAAAUAAGAAAAUGCAAUCUAAUAACAGAGCUCCGUCCCCUAAUAAAGCGCCAUUGCCAGAAGCAUUAGACAUUGCAUUCCGAAGCCUGCCAAGAACCAGGGGCAGGCAAAGUUAACGAGCUUCCAAGUAGGGGGUGGGUAUGAGGGCUCUGAAAGUCUGGACUGAACCAGUAUGAAUGCAGAAUUCAGAAACCUGACCGUCUGUACGGGUUUAUUUCUUGCUCUUACUGGAAUACAUUUUUAAUUGCUAGU